CCAAUCCCCUCAAAGUCAUCAGAACCUGGAAAGCAGGCAGCGAACUGAGAUAUGGCAAAGCCACACCAUGGAGAUGCUAUUCUGACAAAUUUCUUGGUUCCCUUCAUCUUCCUGCAGCUCCUGGCUUCUGGGAACGGAAAAUCAGAUUUCCGUGUCCUUGGACCUCCUGACCCGCUUCUGGCCAUAGUCGGGCAAGACAAAGAGUUGCCUUGCAAACUGUCACCCAACAUCAGCGCUGAGGGCAUGGAGUUGAGGUGGUACAGGAACAAACCCUCCCAAGCUGUGUACGUGUACAAGAAUGGGGUGGACAUGCCUGAAGAGCAGAUGGAGGAAUACAGAGGAAGGACCACGUUCACUGGCAACCAUAUAGCCAGGGGAGAGGCCUCUGUGAAGAUACACAACAUCACGAUAUUUGAUGAUGGGGCUUAUCACUGUGUCUUCAAAGAACAUACAUCCCACAGCCAGGCCACCCUGUGGCUGAAGGUGGCAGCAUGGGGCUCAUCACCCAGAAUCCAAGUGGCUGACACCCAUGACAAAGGCAUACAGGCGGUGUGCAUCUCAUCAGGCUGGUUCCCAGAUGCAGAGGUCAAGUGGCUGGACCUCAGACGACAGCCAGUGCCUGCUAAGACCUUCUUCUUGGCUUCAGCCCCUAACAUUACUGUGGCAUCCUUUGUGACUCUCCAGGACAGGGCUGUGAAGGGCCUGACUUGCUCCAUCUCCAACCCCCUCCUCCCUGAGAAGAAUGUGACUAAGACUUACCUGCUUGCCUCCCCGUGGAGAAAGCCUCUGUCGAUGGAAAGGGGACCGGCUCUGCCCUUGAUCCUCACGGUACUGGGGCUAGUUUUGGCAGCAGUCGCCUGUGCCUUUGGGAAACAUUACAAAGAAAAGCAUAAAACAAGUCAGGAAGAAGAAGAUCCAGGAGCUGGUGAUGAGGCUGAGUCCUUCCAUGUGAGUCUGUCCCUAGACCCUGAGACAGCCAGUCCCAGACUCAUGGUGUCUGAGGAUCAGAAAAGUGUGAAGCGGCUGCUAUUUGAUCAGGACCUGUAUCCCGAUUCCAGAAGAUUUGAACAAGACCCCUGCAUCCUGGCCCAAGAACGGUUUGAGGCAGGGAGACAUUACUGGGAAGUGGAGGUUGGGGACAGGAGGGCCUGGAUCGUGGGUGUGUGUCUGGAGAGUUUGGGACGGGAAGGAAGGAUCCCCAAGUCACCCCAGCAUGGCCUCUGGGCACUGGAGUUUUAUAAGAAGAAACUCCAGGCCCUCUCCUACCCCAGGACUCGCCUGUCUCCUCCGGAGCCCCUCCGGCGGGUAGGCGUCUCCUUAGACUUCGAGGCGGGAGAGGUCUCCUUUCACAAUGCGACCAAUGGCUCCCUGAUCUAUUCGUUUUCUGGGCUGUCCUUUUCUGGUCCCCUACAGCCAUUCUUCUGCCUCUGGACCCACGACCCCAAGCCCCUGACCAUAUGCUCAGUGGUCAGAGAGAAUGAAGAAGACACAGAAUUCUCUGGGGGUCCUUGA